CCUUCAAGAAGCUCACUGGGCUGAGAAUCGGUGAAGAUGCCACCAAGAAGUGACCCUGUCCUUCCUCCCCACCUAGGUAAAUACGCGUAUACUUAUAUUAUGACGAACAUUCUUGUCCCAUCAACACGUCUUUACCCUCUUCCUGCCCAUGCCUUGGCCACGUGAUCAUGGCGAGCACGCUGUCUUUGUGGCACGCUCACCUGCUUGCCGCCAGGAUGACACAAAAGGAAGGAGGGGGUGAAGUCCAUUUCCGCUUUGUAAACAAGCCUCAGCCGCUGAACUUGUACUGGCAGCCAAUAUUGGAUGGCCAGUCGAAGAGAUGGCGUAUAAUCCAGCACUGUCCUCGUCAUGUGCCUUCACAGGCUCGAGUCCCGUGAAGCCGCAAGCUCUGUACGCCGCCAGUGGGAUCUCCACCCGUGACUCGGUGGACUUGGACGUGGUGAACUUGCCUGGCUCCUCUGGGACUCGGAUAGAGAACGAUAGCGAGGAGGCGGGCACAGGGUCCAUCUCAGGGUUGGUGACGAGGCCCGCGUCGUCAACGAGGUAUGAGGUGUACUCGCAACUAUCACAGGCCAGAGGCAGCCUGCUAGGGACCCCGCUAGGCUCGAUCCUUGGAAGGCUACAGGGCAACCAGCAGGCCACCUCGUACACGUUGGAUCAGAAGUUCUCCAAGUUGGUGAAGAUGGAGAAGAAAGUGAUGAAGCUGCAGCAGGAGGUGAUCAGGGACAUCAACUCGUGGUGCAACGUGCUCCACGACGACGAGUGCAAGAGGUUGUUGUACCACUUGAUCAAGUUGUUGGAGGCCGAGUACGAUGUGGGUGAGCAGAGCGUUAAGAAACAGGGCCAGAUCAUGGCUCAGUUGCAAAACGUGAAUAAGAGGGAGAAGAGGACGAACGAGUUGAAGUACAAGAGAAACAAGGUGCUUGCAAAGCUCCGGGAGAUUGAGAACAAGGUUGGUGAUAGUCCAACCACCUUGUUGACCAGGGAGAACUUGGAGGAGUUGGAGUGUUCUGUGGAGAUUGUGGAGGACCAGUUGAUUAGAAGCAUCAACAAUGGGUUGAAGAACUCGUUUGUGGAUUACCUGACCAUGCUCAGGAGCACUGGCGCCAGAUACAGAGACGUUGGAGGGUACUUCUUGGACAACUACAGCUUUAGCACCAGGAACGAGAACUCCAUGCCUAGCCUCCAGAGAUUGAUAUUGCAGAACAAGUACUCCAAUGGCGUUCCAUCGAAUGCACAGUCACCCGUGUCGAGAGAGUUGACCACGUCUCUGAGCUAUCAGGAGAACUACAUUGCCCUAUCACCCAACCAUGUUGGCAAGUAUUUGGAUAAUGUCUAUGAAGAAGCUGAGUCGAAUCUUACAGCGCCAGCACGUCAAGAGCAUGACGGAGUCGUGAAGAAGAGAGGACAGCAGCAAUCCAGUUCCAAGGCUCGGUCUGGGCCUCCUCCCACGCCUGAUGAUUCAACACCGUUAACGGUUCCUCUGACGUCUGGAAUAAGCAGUGCUAAUGAGCACGCAUUCAGUAGCAUACUCAACUCUUACAGUACACCUGGUGGGCUAGGCACCAGUCAUACAACACCAGGGGUUCUAAGACCACCACCUAGUCAGCACAACCAUGAAUGGAUCACAUAAUAUUAGUAAAUGGCUAUUCUAUGUAUGUGUUUAUAUACAGUGCGUGUGUGUUUGUAUGUGUAUCGAUUCAUUCCUGUUGGCGAUGCAAGUUGUAAGAAUAGCUCAUGAUGAUGAUGAGAAGAACUUCUUACCCAGUUCGUAGCUUGAAAUCAUGAUGGCACAUGAAGGAGCAACCUUUAAGAGACGAGGUAUCAGCCCAACGUAGAGC